CAACACUCUGCAUGUCAUAGACUUGACCAUCUUCGACUGCACUUGCGAGUACGAUACUAUUGACUUCUGCCUGGUGAAUACUUCAGAUUUCCCUCUAUUCUUCCACUAUACCGUCCAUCUGAGAGUUUUCCACACUCUCAACCUCAACUCCGCCAUCAUGAGAGUCCUCUCAAUCCUCUCAGCCGCCGCCAUGGCCUCGGCCUUCGUUCUACCCGAUCAAGCGACACUCGAAUCGCUAGCGAUUGAAGAGCAGAAGGUAGAUAAGCCUCAAGAGCACCCUUUCUGGAACAGAGUACACAAAGCAGAAACGUUCUGGGAGGAUCUCGAAGAAGAAUUCACAAAGUUUACACACUGUGCAAAGCACAAGUUCGAAGAGGUGGUCGAGUCGACCCAGGAAACCGCCGUCAAGUAUGGCGAACAAUUCCACAACGCCUUCGCUGGUGACGCAUGGUUAGAAAGUGCAGAACAAGAUCUCGACCUGCUAGAGCAUCCUCCUCACCAUGGUCCGCCACAUCAUCCUCCAGGCAAGAAGCCCAAGAGACCACACCAUCCACCUCAUCAUGGACCUCCCAAUCAGACUGUCUACCAGUUGAUCUCAAAGAGCAAAUAUACUACCAAGCUAGCUGCAGCCAUUGAUGAGUUCCCGGAUCUUGUCGAUCUACUCAACGGCACCAAGGCGAAUUACACCCUAUUUGCGCCGACGGACCAUGCAUUUGAGAAGAUCCCCAAGCAUGCCCCCAAGCCACCCAAGGAAUUCUUGAAGAAGCUCCUCACCUACCACGUCUCAGAAGAGUUCUACCCUGCAGGGCGUGUUUUGGUCAGCCGUACCAUCCCAACAGCCCUUCAGGCCGAAUACAUUGGCAAGGUCCCGCAACGAAUCUCGAGUCAGAUCUCAUUGAGAGGGCUCACCCUCAAUUUCUAUGCUCGCGUCGUGGCGAUUGAUAUCUUUGGCACCAACGGCGUCGUUCAUGGUAUUGAUAGCUUCCUGCUUCCUCCUCCAAAGGUGGUUGACAUCCUUUCUGCGCUUCCUGGCGAGUUCAGCACCCUCGAUCUUGCCCUGGAGAAGACCGGGUUGUUCUCUGCCUUCAACGACACUUCCAGUCACAAAGGAGGCACCCUGUUUGCUCCAUCCAAUUUUGCCUUUAAACGUCUAGGUCCAAGAAUCAAUGCCUUCCUUUUCAGCAGAUUUGGCCUGAAAUAUCUCAAGGCGUUGGUGUUGUACCAUGCUGGCGACAACAUUACUCUAUACUCUGACGCCAUCUACAAGAUUGACACUGACGCACACCCACCACAUCAUAAGGUACCAAAGGGCUUCAUCCAUGUCGACAUGCCUACUGGCCUGGAGGACAAGAGCUUGAGCAUUGAUAUUGCUCGAUACGGUCGGCUCAUCACGAUGAAGAUCAAUGGCUUUACUCGCGUCAGCGUUCUUGAUGGCAUUGCUGCUGACGGCGUUCUUCACAUUGUACCCAACGUGUUGAUCCCGCCAAAGACCCCCGGUGGUCCAGGUGUGGCAGAGGACAACAUGGACCUGGAAGAAUUCAAGGCAAGGCUGGCUCCUUUUGUCGAGGAGGAGGAACCACGACACGCUUCAUUCUUUAUUGCGGAAGACCCCGAACUAUGAACGUCGCAAUUACCUCCAAGAAGAGUUUGGGUGUUAAAACCAUGGGGCACGCGAGCCCUCCAAUCAUGUAUUUAGCGAUGUGAUAUAUGACCUGACGAUCCUUACUGAGAUUUAUGCCUCGAUUGAUGUUGAUUGGAGUUUGGGAAAUGAACAUAGCCACAUAGUAGUAGUAUUGAGAUGCAACUCAAUUGACCAACUGACGCAUCUUUGUCGAAGUCUCUUCUUGCUUUUGGCCUUUUCCACUACCAGUGAG